GACAAAGUUUGAACAAAAAUCUAUUGACAGUUUUAUUUCAAGCUAAUUACCUUAAUUUAUGGACAUCUGGCUUUCUAAACCGAUAUUCAGCCAACAUGGAUGCUGUGUAAUUUAUUAUUCCAUGAGAAUGAAUUGUUUUGCGUGAGAAAUAUUCGGCGCCCGUAAAACCCGUGACGGUCAAGCACUCGUGAUGGUCGUCACGAACGAAUUUGUCUUGACUGUCAGGAAGCCAUCACCACGACCGUCACAUGUUUUACCAAUUUUCACCAAUCUGUCUGACCGUCACGUGUUUUACCAAAUGUUCACACACACACAAAAAAAUUAUUUUGACAACUGGUUGGGUGACUUGUGGAAAGCGUGAAAAUUAGAUUUAUUGGCUGAAAUGGCUACUGGUAGUCAAGGUUUCGACGACGGUGGAGUGAAAAGGUGUCAAGCAGUCGGAGCUGCAGAUGAUUGCAAUGGGACCGAUGUUUCUAGAAGUGAUUUAAGUGACGACGAGCGAGAAACAAGCGACAAUGACAACUUCUUUGGUUUGAAUGUUGUUAACGAUAGUAUCUUCCAAAGUGCUAGAGACAAUUUUCUGAACUCUAGAUCAGUGGAUGACUCGAUCCAUUCUGAAAAUCAAAGCAAUGUCAAAAGCGGCGACGAGAAUGGUCCUGUGUUGAGAGAACUCUGGAAACCACGCGGACUUUUGAGCGUUGGUCGGAGUAGACUUGGCUUCCCUGAUUGUGACAUCGAUCACUUAGUACAACUGCUGGUCUGUAAGAAUCAACAUACACGGGAGGCGCUUGACAUCGGAGGUGAUUAUGAUGUAACAGUGGCAGUAAGUUAUGAUGGAGAAAGUGCAUCUAGUCUUAAAUUGCCUGAUUAUCAGUGUAAACGCAUCAAAAGUGAGCUGACUAAAAGCGGCACAGACGCAUCCAUGAUAGGAGUUAUCGGCUACCUGUUCCGCUUCCACGAAACUGACACAAGAUACAAGAUCAGUUUUUCUUUAAAUGCCAUUCAACCGAAAAGAAGAGGGAAAAAGAGAAGUUUAAAGGAACACACUGCUUGUGAAACGAUCUGCCAAAUUUCUGUCACGCUAGAAACAGGACCCAUGAUAUCAUCAAAAACAGGCAAGGCUAAGAAAAUGACUAAAGAGAGCACUGUUUCCCUAUUGUUUGCCUUAAGUCCACCUUCCCUUUCUGAAGAGAGUACUAUGCUGUACAAAAGAUCCUGGUGGGUUACGAAUCAGCUUCGGUCAUACCGUAACAGCUUUAAGAGUGAAGAUUUUUAUAAACACGCAAGCGAUCUAUUGCUGACGUUUACUGACGCAGACACUCACAUAGCCAUAAAACUGGAACAAAGCAUGAAAGCUUCUUACCAAGACCAGCCAGACCGCGCUCUACAGUUGAUCGACGAGGCGUUCAGUUUCAUGUCUGAAGCAAAAAAUCCUCAGCUUCUGGCAGGUAGGGGCUACUUCUAUCGAGCAGAAAUCUUGAGAACACAAGGAAGCCUAGGAGAGGCUGAGUACUGUGUGAAUCUAGCCUGGCAAAACAUUGCUGGGUGUCAAACGGGCCUCGAAACAAGCUUGAUUUCUUGGGAGAGAGCAAGUAUAUUAAUAGAUUUCAUCGGACGCACUCCCCAUCGAAGCCUGAAGCUAGUCAAUGAAGCUCGAAGUAAUCUGGAAAAGUGCAUCGACGUCUGCCUGCAUGUGGAAACAGAAAACAGCGAUUUGUUUGUGAAGCAGGUCUUCGUGAUUGCGUUACUCGCAAUGAUAACAAUUUUGCUCGAUUGCGACAGCGAUGUCGCCCGAAAACGCACUGUAAAUGAAGAAUUUAUCGCGAAAGCACAAUGGUGCUUAGACACACUGAGAAACAAGUACUGGUCGGAAAUGACGCUGGUAGACAAAGUUUACUUCUACCUGUCUAGUUCUGAUCUGGAAUAUCGACGAAACAAUUACACGGCAGCAGAAGAGUUUGCUCGUUUGGCGAAGAACAAGGCGGCGGAGAUGGGCCACUACUUGCGAAAAGCGCAGGAACGUCUCGAUUGCAUGCGCCUAAUCGCGCGCGGUCACACAAUCAACAAUGGUCCGCAGCAAAGUAAAAGCGAAGGAGAGAAUGCCGACAUUAGCUCGUCAGGAGCGGAGUCUGAUUGGCUGACUGCAAUAUUGAAUUGAUGUUACUUAUUGAGUCGAAAUGACCUCACAUAUACAUGUACAGCACUGAUAUCUCACUGAGUGGAAACCGAGAACUAACGGCAAACGCACAAAUUAAAUAUUGAAAAUAAACUGAGAGGCAGCCAUUUCGACAUUUGAAGGCAGAACCGUUGCCAUGCAGACUGUUCUCUCGGAACUUUUUUAACAUCAAAUUUUCCAACCAAUGUAAGAAAUAAAGCUAGCCUUUAAUAACGAACAUCACGUAAUCUGAAACCAAACAAGCUACGUAUAUAUUUAAAUGCUUUUCCUGUAGUUGUUUGAUCUUUUAAUAUAUGACUUUAAGUCACUGGACCUUUGUCAUUCCCGGCAUGGCAUUUAGCCCGUAUCAAAGUUAUUAAUUUGAAGUGCUCGACCACAAAUUACAGUGGAAAGAGAGAACUCAGUGUAUCCACAGGGGACCCGUACACUACAUUAUUAGCAGUAAAAAUAAAUGCACUGUUAGUUACCUGUGUUCCUGUGUUUUUUUAGUCGUUUAGUCACGCGUUCGGUCACGGUUGAUCGAAAAGGUGCGGGCUCUGGGAACGAGCUGUGAUGAUCGUGAAAAGGAACACGUUCAACAAAUGAUGAAUCAUUAGCUAGCUGAAAAGGAACCGAUUUAAAAGAAAAAAA